AUGGCGGAUCUGGGAAACGGUUCCAGGUCGGUUUUCUUUCGAGGGCUUUAAAAAAAAUUAAUUUACAAGACAAUUACGUUCUACUCAUGAUAUUCUGUACUUGACCACGCAGUUUCAAAUAAUAAAAAUAACAAUAAAUUUGAAAAGUUUUUGGUUGUUGAAACGGUCAAAGGGGACGAGAGGAAAGAGCUGAAUAGAUGCCCCGAAAUCGAUUUGAACGAAAAAAAAAGAGAUUUGAGUGAAACUCCCGGAGGCACGUGGAACAGCAAAAGGCUGCAGCAGACCCAGGCUCAGGUCAACGACGUCAUCGGCGUCAUGAAGGUCUUUCUUCAGUCUCUUCUUUCCUCUGUUCUAGCCAACUUGUUUGCUCUUUUUGAUAAUAAACUCCGUUACGAUCUGCACAUAAAAGAAGGCGACAGUGCACCAUUAUGUCAUUUUAAGCGUAAUCAACUUCCUUCUCCUACGAUUUUCAAUAGAAAAGAGUAAAUCGUUUUUUUCAAUGAAAAAUGAGGCUAACUUGAGAUUGAGCUUCUGGUCAUACUAAAAAUAGAAAAAUCUUGGAAACCGUCACGAUGAAAAAACGGUUUCAGGAUAAUGUGAACAAAGUAAUGGAAAGAGAGCAGCACUUGGCUUCGUUGGACCACAGAGCCGAUGUUCUUCAGGUUUUUGAAAUGCUAUCGUCCAAAAAAUAUAUCCAAAAAAUUCUUGAGGAGGGGGCUUCAAGGUUUCAACAGUCCUCCACAAGUCUGCGCAAGAAGUACUGGUGGAAGAACUUGAAGGUAUCUCAAUAUUUUGGAAUAAUUCUAUUUUCUUUUUUCAGAUGAUGAUCUGCCUGGGAGUUCUCAUAUUUUUCAUCGUGCUCGCCUUCGUACUUUGGGUCACAAAGUGAAUAUUAUCACAAAGGACAAUCCAGAGACGCUCAAAAACACUUGUAUAUGGACAAAACGAAGUACCCUUUUCUGGUCAAAAUACAUAUUUCCAUGUAAAAUAAAUUUUGUUGAAAGUUUUUUUUCGCUUUUGAGAUUAUUUGCAGUAGGGCCAUUUUUCGAGAAGAAAGACGGUGGAAAAAUAACACAACGAACAUCAGAAACGAACGAAUAUAG